AUGUUCAGCGCUGGUGUAGCCUCUCCUCUCGACGCCGCUGCCAGCUCCACACUCCUGCUGAGUGCAGUUGAGCGACUCAUAAUUGCACCAAGGGCGCGCGGGUCUCCAUCGAUCGAGACCGCAGCUCUUCAGUCUUACGUGGCUGCUAUCGAGAUUGGGCGCUGCCUAUGCCUAUGGCAGAGACUCGAAAACAAGCAUAGGUCUGAGUUGGUUGUGUGUGUGUGUGCAUGUGCUGGUCCUGUGGUUGGCUUGACUUGUUGCGACUUAGAAGCACGCAGCACAUGUGCAGCAGACCAGUUGUGGCAGGAGACACCGGGCGACUUCAACACGGAGUGCUGGGCCUCUUGGACGACAAGCCUCACGCCGCAUGACAUGGUGCUCCUGACACGCUAUCGUGCUUUGUUCGGCCCGCACGACGAGGGCGCCGGCUGGCACAUGGCGCUGACGGAAGAGGCAGCUAACGGCUAA